AUGGUGGCCAAGGCUGGCGUCUUUGAGACAGGAAUCGCUGCUGAUUCGCCGAGCCGAUCAAGAUGCAUGGAUCCGGAGACUGCUGAGGCCACAAGCACGAACAAAUCCAACAAUACAUGCACACGUAUGAGGGCGGAACCAUCGAAACCCGUGGAUUCCAUGAACUCACAAGGUCGGACAACUCUGGCUGGAGUGGAGCACGAAUCGCAACAUCCAAAGGUUCUCUAG